AAUAUGCAUUAUUAAAAAGAUACAGGCUGGCCAAUAAGGUACCAUUCCAAAUAUGUCAACAAAUCAUGAUUUUGAUAUCUCCACCGGAUAACCGGAAACCAUCGGUAAAACUACCAUUUCUCUCUCUUGUCAUACCUUCACUACUCUACUAUAAAGUACGUGCAUCCAUGAGAAAACCAGAACAAAUAAUACUCUCUAGAAUUCCCCCAAAAUUCCAUUAAAAUAAUCCUCAAAUUCUCUCAACAAAAUGCCGAUUUCUAGAAUUGCCAUAGGUCGACCGGAAGAAGCUCGCCAUCCCGAUACAUUGAAGGCGGGUUUGGCUGAGUUUAUUUCCACCUUUAUCUUUGUGUUCGCCGGACAAGGUUCUGGAUCGGCUUUCGCUAAGCUUACUGGCGGAGCUGCAAACACUCCGGCUGGACUUGUAGCCGCUGCAGUUGCGCACGCGUUUGCGCUAUUUGUUGCGGUUGCAAUUGGGGCUAAUAUUUCAGGUGGACAUGUGAAUCCGGCUGUUACUUUUGGUGCGUUCAUUGGUGGAAACAUUACUCUUCUUAACGGAAUUGUUUACUGGAUUGCUCAACUUGCUGGCUCUGUUCUUGCUUGCUUGUUGCUUGAAUUCUCCACUGGUGGCAUGGAAACAAGUGCCUUUGGAUUAUCCGCAGAUGUAUCAGUAUUCAACGCCCUUGUAUUCGAAAUCGUCAUGACUUUCGGCUUAGUCUACACCGUCUACGCCACCGCCAUUGACCCAAAAAAGGGUAACAUCGGAAUCAUUGCUCCCCUCGCAAUCGGCUUCAUCGUCGGUGCGAACAUCUUAGCUGGUGGCGCCUUCGACGGAGCUUCCAUGAACCCCGCCGUAUCAUUCGGCCCAGCCGUCGUCAGUUGGAGCUGGAACAACCACUGGGUCUACUGGGCUGGACCACUCAUUGGUGCUGGAAUUGCUGGUCUUCUCUAUGAGUUCAUCUUUAUUGGUAACUCUGAACCUGCUCCCGCUGAUUACCAGAGACUCUCUGCUUAGAAUUUGAAAAUUCAAUUAAAAAUUUGCUGAUGAUAAUUAGGAGUAUGUUUAUGACUGAUUUUCAUCUGUACUUGUUUAUUUGUUUGGUUAAUUUUUAUUUCAUUAUUUGAGAAGUUUGAUCUUGUGAAGCGUUAUUGUACUGCAUUUUGUGAUCAAUUUUCGGAUUAUUAUGGUGGUAAAUUAUUAUGUGGGUGUUCCAAUAA